AUGCCUUACCUCUACCAGGCCCCGGGGUCCCGGGAACCACCAGCUCCCAAGGACGCUCGCAUCAUCCAUUCCUCAGGCCAGAGCUUCGAGCAGUUGAGGCAGGAGUGCCUGCGGAAGGGCACGCUGUUUGAGGACCCAGACUUCCCGGCCAACAGCUCCUCUCUCUUCUACAGUGAGACUCCCCAGAUCCCCUUCGUGUGGAAACGGCCAGGGGAAAUAGUGAAAAACCCAGAAUUCAUUCUCGGAGGGGCCACCAGGACUGACAUCUGCCAAGGGGAUCUUGGUGACUGCUGGCUGUUAGCUGCCAUUGCCUCCCUGACACUCAAUGAGAAAGCGCUGGCCAGAGUGGUCCCCCAGGACCAAAACUUUGGCUCCGGUUAUGCUGGGAUCUUCCAUUUCCAGCUCUGGCAAUACAACGAGUGGGUAGACGUGGUGAUUGAUGACCGGCUGCCCACCUUCAGGGACCGCCUGAUCUUCCUCCACUCAGCCGACAACAACGAGUUCUGGAGCGCCCUGCUGGAGAAAGCCUAUGCCAAGUUGAAUGGGAGCUAUGAGGCGCUGAUGGGGGGCAGCGCCAUGGAGGCCAUGGAAGACUUCACUGGGGGUGUAGCCGAGACCUUCAUAACCAAAGAGGCUCCAGAAAACUUCUAUGAGAUUCUCGAGAAGGCCUUGAAGAGGGGCUCUCUGGUGGGCUGCUCCAUCGAAGCCAGAAAUACUGCAGAGUCCGAAGCCCGGACACCUUUUGGUCUCAUUAAGGGUCAUGCCUACACUGUGACGGGAAUUGAUCAGGUAAACUUCCGAGGCCAGAAAACUGAGCUGAUCAGAGUCCGGAACCCUUGGGGCCAGGUUGAGUGGAAUGGGCCCUGGAGCGACAGUUCUUCUGAAUGGCGUUCUGUGGGCCUCGCUGAGCAAAAGCGACUGUGUCACGCUGCACUGGACGAUGGAGAAUUCUGGAUGGCAUUUGCGGACUUCAAGGCCCAUUUUGAUGAAGUGGAGAUCUGCAACCUCACUCCUGAUGCCCUAGAGAAGGAUGCCCUCCACAAGUGGGAAGUAACGGUCCACCAAGGAAGCUGGGUGCGGGGCUCCACUGCUGGAGGCUGCCGCAAUUUCCUGGAUACCUUUUGGACCAAUCCACAGAUAAAAUUGUCCCUGACUGAGAAAGAUGAGGGGCAGGAGGAAUGCACUUUCCUUGUGGCCCUGAUGCAGAAAGAUCGAAGGAAACUCAAGAGGUUUGGAGCUGAUAAGCUGAGCAUCGGCUACGCUAUUUACCAGUGCCCAAGCGAAAUCGAGCACCUGAGCAAAGACUUCUUCAGACACCACGCUUCCCAGGCCAAAAGGAAAACUUUCAUCAACCUGAGGGAAGUUUCUGACCGGUUCAAACUGCCCCCUGGGGAGUACAUCCUGAUUCCCAGCACUUUUGAGCCCCAUCAGGAAGCAGAUUUCUGCCUGAGGAUCUUUUCAGAGAAGAAGGCCAUUACCCGGGACAUGAAUGGAAAUGUAGACAUUGCCCUUCCUGAGCCUCAGCAGCCAACUUCGCCUGCUCGGGAGACAGAGGAGGAGCAGCAGUUCCGGGCCAUGUUUGAAAAAAUCGCUGGUGAGGACAUGGAGGUGUCAGCUGAAGAACUCAAAUAUGUUUUAGAUGCUGUGCUGCAAAAGAAAAAGGACAUUCAGUUUAAGAAGCUAAGUCUGAUUUCCUGUAAAAACAUCAUUUCUCUAAUGGACACCAGCGGCAACGGGAAGCUGGAGUUUGAUGAAUUCAAAGUGUUCUGGGACAAACUGAAGAAGUGGAUUAACCUUUUCCGUCAAUUCGACACUGACAAAUCCGGCACCAUGUCCUCCUACGAGCUGCGGAUCGCCCUGAAAGCCGCAGGCUUCCAGCUGAGCAACCACCUCCUGCAGCUGAUCGUCCUCAGAUGCGCAGACGAGGAGCUCCAGCUGGGCUUCGACGACUUCCUCAACUGCCUGGUGCGGCUGGAGAAUGCCGGCCGGGUGUUCCAGGCUCUCAGCACAAAAAACAAGGAGUUCAUUCAUCUGAACAUCAAUGAGUUCAUCAACUUGACAAUGAAUAUUUGAAGCCUCCCUGGCAGGGGUGCAGCCACUCCAGCUGAGCCUCGACUUGGAUCAUGACCUUCAGAAUGUCUCCUCGUAUUGAGUCAUGAUGCCCAGGGCUCUCUCGUCUUCCCUUGCCCAAUCUUCUCCUCCCCACUCCCUCAUCCAACACCAUCCGGACCUCAGAAGCAUGACAUGGACUCAGCUAUGCUCUCUGAUUUUAUGCUACUUCAUUGCAAAACAACUGCCCCAGGUGGCUGGUGACACCUGUGCCUUCCGUCCAGUUUCAAGCAUCGCUAGCAAUUCCUCCCUUUACAUCCCCAUCUCCUCUCAUUAUUCGUCAUUCAAAGUGCAGCUCCAUGCGCAGAACCCUGGCUUUGAUGUCACUGCAAUCACUGCUCUCAUGCAUCCUGUAAGGACAUGGUUUUAUAAAUGUAUGUGGCCUGAAGUGAGAAGGAAAGGCAGGUGGUCAUAAUUAGGCAUUUUCAGCAUCAAAUGUAUGUUUCCCUACUGAGACAAACAUCAGAGAAUUCUGGAUGCUUUCUUAAUAGGAGGAGGAUCAAAACAAGGGGGGUGGGAAUUGUAAUGGGACUAUAACCAAGAUGAAGAUGCAUACAAUGUGCAAAAAUGAAAGAUGAUAUAAAAAUAUAUAAAAUCAAAUUAAAAUGCUC